AUGGACCUCACACAGAGGGAAGAGCAGGUGCUCACUGCGGACGACACCGUUGGAAGCUUGGGCUUGGUCUUCAUGUCGCUCCCACCGUUGCCACCACCUCCAAUGAUAGUAAAACAUGUGCACGAGGGCACAUGGGCAGAGAAUGCCGGGAUUGGUCCCGGUUGCGAAGUCUUAGAACUGGGUGGCCUGAAGGUUGGCAGCAUGACGCGAGAGGAGUUCACACAGGCUAUUAAGAGCCGGCCUUUGCGCAUUCGUGUGCAGCCGCCCAACUGCGGCGCAUGGAAACAGGUGGCUCACUUUCAGAAAGAGACGGUGCGUCUUCAAUUCAAAAAGGUCAUGCUGCAAAAGGCUCUUCGAGAUGAGCAUGACAAGGUGAAGACAGAGUUGGGGAUUGACAUUCAAGCAGAAGAAGAUCGGAAGAACAAGAACAACCAAACAAAAGCAGAAAUUCUGCAGCAACGUCAGCGGGUCGAGGAUCAGAAGCAACAACUCGUGGCUCAAGAAGCGGAACUCCAGAAGAUGAGGGAGAAGUGUGAAGUGUACGAACGAGAGACACAAAAUCGGAGGAAGGCGAUGCAAGCCGAAUCUUUGUACUUGGAGAAGCAGCAAGCCGAACUGGAUCGAGCCCGCCACGAGUUCAACGAGAUGCGCAAGAAUGCACUCGAGGCCCUUGAGAAAGAGAAGCAAGAAGUGGCGGGUGAAAGGAAAAAGCUUGAAGCUCAGAAGGAUGUUACAUCUAUAGCUCAGGAGGAAAGGGACGACUUGGAGUCCGAAAGACACCGCUUGCAGCAACAAAGUCAAGAGCUUUUGGCGGAUCGUGCGACCUUCGAAGCGGCCGUGGAGCAAAUGAAGGUGGAUUUGGAGCAGCAGAAGGCGCGGCUCUUGCAGGAGCGGGCCGAGAUGGAGGAGGACGUCGAAGAAAUCCUAGCACAACAGAAGGAACUGCAGGCUCAAAAGGCAAAGAUGGGGUCGUUGGAAACGGAUCUGGAGAAGCAAAAGGCUGAAUUGAAGGCGGCCUCGCUGCAUGGGAAGGCAUAG